GAUAUCUAUUUGCACCGACUCCAUGUCGACAUGUCAAUCACACCCUUCAAACUCCCGCCAUCAAUGGAGCUCACAGUCCCAAUUCCUCGAAUCCCCCAAAAUUUCUCCCCAAUUCACAGAGCCCUAACUAAAUUCCACGUCUCUUCCUCGUCCUCAUCCAAAAGCCCUAAUUUCCAGUUACCACUUCCAUCAAAAUUGCCCAAACCUCCGAAAGCCCUAAUCGCUCCAAGAGGCGAAGAAUUUCCGACGAUGGCGGAGAUCCUGGCGGCCGGCGAGGCCCAGAAUAUAAGCCUCCGGCUGCAAACGUUGGGGCCGUUUUUCCGAAUAACGGCGAAAAGUUUGGAAUCGCAGCGAGAGAUUGGGAAGGCCGAGGGGUUGAUAAGAGUGUGGUUGCGAGGGAGGAUUCUUCAUCUGGAUUCAAUUCGAUUGAAGCGAGAGAGCUUGGGGAUGGAGAAAUCGAUAUUUGGACUCGGAUUGUUCAUCGGCGCUGUUGCGAUUCGGUAUGGGUAUGAUUGUGGGUGCAAGACGGCGGAGUUAUUGGCCAUCAAUGACUCCGAUCUUUACCAUUCUAAGCUGGUUAGAUUCUACACAAGGAUCGGGUUCGAGAGUGUGUAUGAAGUGAGUGGUUCAAACGUAGGAGACAUUGGAGACAUGUUGGUGUGGGGAGGGGUCGGGACUAGAAUGGAUGCUCCCAUUGAAACCCUUCUAUUUAAAUGGUGUUCAAGGUUCAAAUCCCGAUCGUCCUAACCUAUAAAACUCUCACUUAUAUUGUACUAUUGAGCUUACACUAAAAAAAGAUUGUUUAUAAGUUAGUUCAA